UGCAGGCAGACAGACCGACACACACACACACACACACACUCAUAAGUACACUUACACGCACACACGCACGCGUUGACAGACAGACGAGCGAGGAGCGAGCAUGAAGACAGGAGCGCGUCUGUCUGUCUCUCUGUGCGCUUCACGCGCUAACAACUUUCCAACUCAAACCGACGAUUAAAGCGCACAGCAGUUUAACGAGAGACAGACAGACAGACAGACAGACAGAGAGACAGACAGACAGAGAGACAGACAGAGAGAGAGAGAGAGAUUUCUCUAAAGUGGACUUCAGUUAUUUAGUCGGAACCGGAGUUUGGAGGUGACUUCGGCCCGGCCGAGUUUUCCGUCGGCUGAAAGUCGGAGCCGAAGUGCUCAGGCGGAGGACCGAGAGGAGGAGGAGGAGGAGGAGGAGAAAAAGGGGAAGGAGAGACGCGAAGUGGAGAACAGUUUCUUGACUUGUUUCCCCGCUGACAACCGGCGGCUGCUCAUCCAUCAUGUCAGACUCCGCGUCCAGCUUCCUUCACAUAGGAGACAUCGUGUCUCUGUACGCGGAAGGUUCCGUCAACGGAUUCAUCAGCACGCUGGGGUUGGUAGAUGACCGCUGUGUGGUAGAACUGACUUCUGGAGACUUGGAGAACCCCCCUAAGAAGUUCAGAGACUGCCUGUUUAAGGUCUGUCCGAUGAGCAGGUAUUCUGCCCAGAAACAGUUCUGGAAAGCCAAGCAAGCCAAACACGAGAAGGACAAGAUUGCUGAUGUGGUUUUACUGCAGAAACUACAGCAUGCAUCUAACCUGGAGCAGAAGCAGAACGAGACAGAAAACAGGAAAGUUCACGGAGACGUGGUUAAAUACGGCACCGUCAUCCAGUUACUCCAUAUGAAGAGUAAUCGGUAUCUGACAGUGAAUAAACGCCUGCCGGCCCUGUUGGAGAAGAACGCCAUGAGGGUGACGCUGGAUGGGACGGGAAACGAGGGCUCCUGGCUCUUCAUCCAACCCUUCUGGAAGCUCCGGGCCAAUGGAGACAAUGUGGUGGUUGGAGACAAGGUGAUCCUGAACCCUGUGAAUGCUGGUCAGCCCCUGCACGUCUCCAACUAUGAACUGAUAGACCACCCAGACUGCAAGGAGGUGAACUCUGUGAACUGCAACACCAGCUGGAAAAUCAACCUGUUCAUGAUGUACAGUGAUCACAGGGAGGAGGUGCUGAAAGGAGGAGAUGUGGUCAGGUUGUUUCAUGCUGAGCAGGAGAAGUUUCUGACCUGUGAUGAGUACAAAAGCAAGCUUCAUGUUUUUCUCAGAACAACACUGAGACAGUCGGCGACCUCCGCUACCAGCUCCAACGCACUGUGGGAGGUGGAGGUUGUCCAUCAUGACCCGUGUCGUGGGGGGGCGGGACAUUGGAACAGCCUGUAUCGCUUUAAACACCUUGCCACCGGCAACUACCUGGCCGCUGAGGAGAACCCAGGCUACAAGGGAGACAGUGCUGACAUCAACGCCUCGAUGGAUGGUAGUCGUAGCAACAAACGAAGCCAAGGUGAGAGGAUCAAGUAUAAACUGGUUGCGGUGCCUCAUGGGAAUGACAUCGCGUCUUUGUUUGAGCUGGACCCGACCACCCUGCAGAAGACUGACUCAUUUGUGCCCCGGAACUCAUAUGUCCGUCUGAGACACCUGUGUACCAACACCUGGAUCCAAAGCACCAACGUCCCCAUCGACAUCGAGGAGGAGCGACCCAUCAGGCUCAUGUUAGGGACGUGUGCUACUAAAGAGGAUAAGGAGGCCUUUGCCAUCGUCUCGGUUCCUGUGAUGGAGAUCAGAGAUCUGGACUUUGCCAAUGAUGCCAGCGCCAUGCUGAGUGUGGUGGUGGGGCAGUUCAACCAGGGCUUCAUCAGCCAGAACGAACGCAGCUGGGAGUAUACUCUGAAUGGUUCUUUUGAGAACAAGUCAUUUAUUCCCUUGGCCUCUGGCAUAUCUCUCCAGCCUUGCAGCCAGAGCUCUAAGAGUCGUUCUAUCUCUCUGCCUCUGGAACUUGAGGCUCAGAUUGGCUCCAUGUUGUCUUCUUCUGCCCUCAACUCUCUCUCUCGCUCCCACCCAAACUACAAAUCCUCCUCUCGCUCCUCCCGGCCUACAGCCCCCACAAACCCCUGGGACUACAAGAACAUCAUAGAGAAACUACAGGACAUAAUUAACACUUUGGAGGAGCGUUUGAAGCCAUUGGUGAACGCCGAGCUGUCCGUCUUAGUGGACGUCCUCCAUCAGCCAGAGCUUCUGUUCCUGGAGGGGACCGAUGCCCGACAGCGCUGCGAAUCUGGAGGCUUCAUCUCCAAGUUGAUCCAGCACACCAAAGCCUUGAUGUCUGCAGAGGAGAAGUUGUGUAUCAAGGUGUUGAGGAUGCUACAGGAGAUGCUCAUUAGAACCCUCGACUUUGAUGAGCGGGGUGUAGCUCUUCGUAAGGUGUUGCUGCAGAAUUACCUCUUCCCCAACAAGAAGAGCAACCCCAAGACUGAACUGGCUGAUCUGGGAGCAGGAGGCGGGGAGCAGGAGAGGGACUGGUCUGCGGUUGCUGCAGUUCAGUGUCGUUUGGACCGUGAAGGAGGUACCAGACUCACCGACCUGGUGAUGAGCACCAAAAAUGACAAAAUCUUCCAGGAGAGCAUCGAGCUAGCGAUCUGUUUGCUGGAGGGAGGCAACACUGAGAUUCAGAACUCCUUCUACAAGCUGAUGAUGGGGGAUAACAAAUCGGAGAAGUUCUUCAAGGUCCUCCAUGAGCGAAUGAAGGAAGCCCAGAUGGACAUAAAGGCCACCGUGUCAGUAAGUGGGGAGAUGAGCAACAAGGCCAAUGAGAAGGAUCUGGAGAACGGGGGUUUGUAUUUGCUUGUGUAUGGCCAGGCCAUCAACCCGGUAGCAGGUCCCGCCUCCCUGCCAGCUCAGCCAAUAGUGGAGCAGAAAGAGGUUGAUACAGAAAUGGGACCUGCUGUUACUAUGAUGAAGCCGAUCCUCAGGUUCCUCCAGCUGCUCUGUGAGAACCACAAUCAAGACCUACAGAACUUUCUGCGUUGCCAGAACAAUAAGACCAACUAUAACCUGGUUUGUGAGACUCUUCAGUUCCUGGACAUCAUGUGUGGAAGUACCACCGGUGGUUUGGGGCUGCUGGGACUUUACAUCAAUGAGUCAAACGUCCAUCUGAUCACACAAACCCUGGAGACGCUCACAGAGUACUGCCAGGGGCCCUGUCAGGAGAACCAGACAUGCAUUGUGACGCAUGAGUCCAACGGCAUUGACAUCAUCACAGCACUGAUCCUGAAUGACAUCAGUCCUCUCUGUCGGUACCGCAUGGAGAUGGUACUACAACUGAAGGACAAUGCUUCCAAGCUGCUGUUGGCUCUGAUGGAGAGUCGUCAUGACAGCGAGAAUGCAGAGAGAAUUCUGUUCAACCUUCGACCCCGAGAACUGGUUGACGUCAUAAAGAAGGCCUACCAACAGGAGAGUGAGUUUGAGGAAAGCGAGGUCUCUCCCAGGGAGGUUGGACAUAACAUCUACAUCCUGGCACUGCAGUUGGCCCGGCACAACAAGAUCCUGCUGAACCUCCUGAAACCUCCAAAGAGGAGCAAAGAGGAUGGAGAGGAGGGAAUCUCCUCCAUGCUGAACCUGAACAACCGCCCUCUGUCUCAGAUGUUGAAGUCUUCAGCACCAAAUACUGUGGUAGAACAAGACCCGCUGGAACACUAUGACCAACUCACUGCCCAGAUAGAGAUAGUGCGUGAGGAUCGCAGUAUGGAGCAGAUUGUUUUUCCCGUUCACCCCAUCUGUGAAUUCCUGACAGAGGAGUCCAAGUUCCGUGUGUUCAACACAACUGAGCAAGAUGAUCAGGGGUCAAAGGUCACCCACUUCUUUGAUCAGGCCUCCUUCCUCCAUGGAGAGAUGGAAUGGCAGAAGAAGCUGAGGAGUAUACCUGUGUUAUACUGGUUUUCUAGAAGGAUGACACUAUGGGGCUCCAUCUCCUUCAAUCUGGCCGUCUUCAUCAACCUCAUCAUUGCUUUCUUCUACCCAUAUGACUCUGGACAAGGAGCGAUAGACGACUCACUGUUGCUGAUGCUGUUCUGGAUCUUGGCUGGUCUUUCUGUUCUGGGGCUCUUCUCUCAGCGUUACGGCCUCAGACCGCUCACCGUGGCUCUGAUUCUGCGCUCCAUCUACCACCUUGGCAUCGGCAACACCCUGGUGCUGCUCGGGACGCUCAAUCUCAUUAACAAGGUGGUGUUUGUGGUGAGUUUUGUCGGGAACAACGGGACGUUUAUUAUGGGAUAUAGAGCGAUGGUGAUGGACGUGGAGUUCCUGUAUCAUCUGGGAUAUGUCCUGACCUCAACGCUGGGACUGUGUGUGCACGAGCUCUUCUACAGUAUACUGUUGUUUGACCUGAUCUAUCGUGAGGAGACCUUGUUUAAUGUGAUCAAGAGCGUGACCCGUAACGGUCGCUCCAUCCUGCUGACUGCGCUGCUGGCGCUCAUCCUGGUCUAUCUUUUCUCCAUCGUCGGUUUCUUGUGCCUCAAAAACGAUUUCAUCAUGGAGGUCGACCUACUGCCACAGAUAGCCGAAGGUCACAGCCAAGCCCCUCCGGACAUCCUGGAGUCCUGCUCAGCAGACGGAGUGAGCUGCACCGUCGAGACCACGGCUGUGACUGCUGCUAAAGAUGAUGAGGAGGAUAACACAGAGCGUGCAUGUGACACUCUGUUAAUGUGUAUUGUGACGGUGCUGAAUCACGGUCUGAGAAACGGAGGAGGGGUUGGAGACGUUCUUCGAAAACCAUCAAAAAACGAGCCGCUGUUUCCAGCCAGGGUGGUUUAUGACCUGCUCUUCUACUUCAUAGUCAUCAUCAUCGUCCUCAACCUGAUCUUCGGCGUCAUUAUCGACACGUUUGCUGACUUGAGAAGUGAGAAGCAGAAGAAAGAGGAGAUACUCAAGACCACCUGUUUUAUAUGCGGUCUGGAGAGAGACAAGUUCGACAACAAGACGGUGUCCUUUGAGGAGCACAUUAAACUAGAGCACAACAUCUGGAACUAUCUCUACUUCAUCGUCCUGGUCCGUGAGAAAAACAAAACCGACUACACCGGACCCGAGAGCUAUGUAGCAUACAUGAUCAAGAAUAACAACCUGGACUGGUUUCCGCGGAUGCAGGCGAUGUCUCUGGUGGUUACUGACGGCGACAGCGAGCAAAAUGAAAUGAGGAUGUUACAGGACCGAUUAUCGACUACCAUGAAGGUGGUGACCACCCUGACUACCCAACUGACCGAGCUAAAGGAACAGAUGACAGAACAGAGGAAGAGGAGGCAGAGGAUGGGUUUUGUCGAUGUCCAAUCAGGAGCCGCUGCUGCGCUCCCCCCUAGUGCAGCGGGAGGGAACCACCAGAUGUACAAAUCAUGAAGACAGAAAGACAAGACUUCCUUUUUCUGUCCUAAGAGAGAACCAGCAGACAUAAUACAUCUGAGAAGAGACUGUUUGACACUCAAACCACACUGACAGAGACAGUCAUGGAUAGUCAUGACGCAACAGAAACAUUACAUCAGAGAGGAUGGUUUGGGACAACAUUUGGUACUUGAAUUUGUGAACAUGUUGAGAUGGGUGUGCGUGUGUUUGUGUGUAAACACAUAAAAUCUAAUCCGUUUGUGUUUGAAAGUGAUCUGUUCGGGCUCUGAUUUUUCUCUUGAAAGUGUCGGAAUUAGCACACAGGUAAAAGAGACUGGCAAGAGGUUGGCGUUUCAGUUUCAUCAUGAGUAGACAAGAAGUUGUAUGUGUGUGUGUGUGUGUGUGUGUGUGUGUGUGUGUGUGUGUGUGUGUGUGUGUGUGUGUGUGUGUGUGUGUGUGUGUUCGUUCUUGAGAAUUUUAGGGGAUUCAGGCCAGGUGUCUAUUCACAUUUCAGUCACUUUGAUUAACAAAUGAAAGUAGUUUUAUCAGUUAGAAACCUCAUUUUCCUGCUAUCUGACCAGGUGGAGGUCACCUCCGUCUGCUGAGAAUUUAAAUCUGAAGGAACUUAACUAGAGAACCCACCGUACCUUACUGAAUGUGAAGGGAACUGAACCGGCCAUAUAUAUAUAUUAUGUGUGAAUCAUGAAAUAUUAUAAUUUUAGUGAUAUAUGUAUACUAUUGUUAUUGUGAUUUAAUAGUAAUAUAUUUAUAGAGAUGAACUCUUUUUUAACAUGUGACGCUAACGUAGUAUAGACACUGGACUGAGUUGUUUUAACUGAAGUGAAAUUAUAUAGAUCUCCCUCUCACCCUUUUUCUGUUGGUGUAUGUCCUCCUCAAGCUUGGGUCCUCUUCCAGAGGCCUGGGAGUUUGAGGGUCAGUUUCUUAGUUGUUCCUAGAACUGCACUCUUCUGUACGAAGACCUCAGAUGUUGUUCCUGGAAUCUACUGGAGCCACUCUCCCAGUUUGGGAGGUCACAGCCCCUGGUGCUCCUAUUACCACUGGGACUAUUGUGGAUUUCACCUUCCACUUCCGAUCUGGUUCUUCCCUCAGCCCUUGGUAUUUCUCAAGCUUCUCGUGCUCUUUCUUCCCGAUGUUGCCAUAACUUGGGAUUGAUCUGAGGCCUCUGUCCAGAAGUGUGUAGUCCUAGGGACAGCUAAGAUACUGUGCAGAACCCUCAAACUCACAGGCCUCUGGUUAAGGACCCGAGCUUGAUGAAGACACACACCACCUGAAAAAGGGUGAGAGGGAGAUUUAUAUAUAUUAUAUAUAUUAUAUGCUAGCAAACUGACUAGCAAGCACCAGGUGUUUUUUAUGUCAAUAUUGACUUCAGAUAAUUAUCUGGGAACUAAAUGCCCUUGGCUUUAAAAAGUAAAAGUGUAUCAUUGUGAAGUGAGCAACAUCUUUUGGGUGAAGUCCUUUUUAACCUAAUCUAAUUUUAUUCCUUUAAAAUGACUUUGAUUAAAAUGCCUUUUUCGGAUACAAUAUACCUGUUUCAAGAUCUACAUGAAGAUGCAAACCUUUGAAAAUGUUCUAUCUUCAGAUGUGAUGUUGAAGGCAGCUAAGCUUGUUAUCUUUAAGUUUUGAAA